AGAAGAUGAAAAGGUAGUGGGUGUUGUUGGAGGUUCCUGGAAAAGCAGUUCGCAUGUCUGUUUCAGAGAUAAUUGGAAAAACUACGCAUCAGCAUCACAAUCACUUCUAACAUGACGACCUGUGUUAGGAUCUGCGGCAGACUACAACAUCUACGCCACUACAACUGUUUCUUUACAUAAGUUGUAAACAGAAUAGAUUAAAAAAAAUGUUACGUCGAGACGUUGGGACACCGCUUCUGAUACCCCGGCCAUCGCCUAUGCUUGCAGGCAGAGCACCGCUGCUGUCACUGCCACCGGCGGCGGUUAUUUCAGUCAAGAAAACAGCUUCUGGUGGAGCAGUGGCGAACGGUAUUACUCCGUCCUCAAGCUCGUCCAAUCCCGUGACGGCCCAGUCGAGCCUUGUAUCGUCUCUAGGCAACUUCUCGACGCCAAGCAGCAUUCGUGUGCUAGCACUGAAACCCGUCGGAAUCGGUGAAGUCGCAAGUACCCGCUCCAGUGCGAGUAAUGCUGCGUCGUUAGGAAGUGCUGCGCUGCGAAGUUCUCUCCCAUGGGCUGAGGAGUCGGCUGCUGAAGGUGGGAGUGAUCGUGUGGAUGGGGAUGGCAAGCAGGCGUCGCCCUCAGCUCCCGCUGCACCAGCAGUUCUGCAGAGGAACUUCUUGCACCAAGUACUUGCGCCAAGUAUAUCUUUACACAGACUUUUACAACUAGGGUGCUACGUCGUCGGAGACUAGCUGUUCUUGCAUUGAUUUGUUCUUGUAUUGCGUAAAUCGGGCUUCUCCUGGUCGCUUUGUGGUCCAGAACCACACCCACUUCUAGAAGUCUAAUAUCUGAUCAUAUUGUUCGACUUUCGAUAUUCAAUUCAUUGUCACAGAUUCGCAGUAAAGCAGUCGAUGCAGUCAAGAAAUCGAAAUCGCCAGUAGAUGCAAUACCUCAGUUUCAAUUUCUUGCAUUGGGGAGUUUGAAGCUGUCGUCCGGUCAAUCGCUUUCAAAAGGUAGACGCGUUCUCGAUCGGCUACCGUGGGAGCCCUUGCAACCAGCAGCCUCGGCGAAACCAAAAGACUUAGGUGAGGGGAAAAAUCAAGAUGGGGACGAAGCACAAGAGGAGGUCUGAGUCUUGUUUCUUUCUGAUUUAAGAAGAACUAGAGCGUGUGCUGUUCCGGACAUUCCUCAGGAACAUCAUAAUACAUUUUUGUUUCAUCAGUAGAAAAUGAUAUUAUUUCCACAACUUGUUCUACAAUAGGCUUCCCCCGAUGCCGAAAAAGCUGCAAACAAAGACCCCGGGGAAGCUGAAAACGCUGAAGCUGCCGCAGAGACCGCGGCAGCUCAGCCUGCAGAUGGCGAUAAUAGAGUAAGGAAAGCAACGGGUUUCGAGUUGCCGCGAGUUGCUCGAGUUGCCGAAGCGAAGGGCUCCGAUUCUGGGACGAGUUGCCACGAGUUGCCGGGAGACACCUGGCCCAUCGAAGUGGGGCAAUGCCGGGCGGUGUGGGUGUAGAAGUGCUUGCUCGGCAUGUGGGGCGCCUCCUUUGCAAGAGAAGGGUGGGGAGGCGCUGCCUCCUUUCGUUUGGGAUCGAUAGCGGCGCGCCGCUCUCGACUAGGUGGCGGGGGGAGAGUGCCUCGCCCCCCCUGUGGUUUAGUUAGGGAGUGCCAAGCUAAUUAUAGGCUUUAGCCCCGCUGCGUUGCGGUGUGAGCGAGUGGCCCCCGCUGGAGAGGGUUCGUAGCCGGCUUGCGACUGGAGGCUGCUGCUGUGAGUGACAUUGAGAAAAAUGCGGCGGGGGUUGAUGUAUUGUCGAGUGGCGGUGGGUGCGGUCUGACGUUGGUGGGCAGCUGGGUGGGCCGGUGCGGUACAUGCCACACCCCCCCAGGGCCCCCGCGUUGGGCCCUUUGCGGUCAUCUGACUGCCCCCCCUGCCUUGGCUGUCUUCCCCUGGCGGAUGCCCCUCGUGUCGGCCUGCAGUGCUCGCCUGGUAAAGCAAGCGCCCCAAGGGUGCACCAAGAAGAAAAUCAAGGAGCAGAGACACAAUCCGCAUCGCCAUACGCUCCUGCUAAGGUCUCUCGAUGUCUCACGGAGCUGCGCCCGAAGGGCGCCGCGCAACAAAUUAGGGUGGGCAACUCGAGCAACCUGAGCAGCCCGACCCGAUACGGGUCAAAAAAAUCCUUUCUCUACGAUAAGAGUGCACCAACUGACGAGAAAGGCGAUUUAGCAGUGAAAAAAGGCGACCAAGGAGAGCACCCGCAGCCACAGUCUCCUCCGCCGUUCGCCUUCUACCAAGAGAGCGAAGAGCCAUGCGGCUUUCUGCUUGUCGUUGCCGGGAGCAAAACGUCGGCAAGCUCUAGCUCGGAUAAAGCCCCAGUCAACAUAGACAUUUCGGAUGAAGCAGGAGUUCCCGAAGAUGGAGAGACAGAAGAAGCCGCAAUCGAGGUGCGCCAACUUGUUUUUCCUCUAUUGUCGAUCGCUCAUAAUUUGAAAAACAUCUUUGGUUGAUCGUGAAGAUUUAUAUCUUGCCAUGCUAGUCGUAGUCGCAAGCUUUCUGCUGACACAUUAAACGAACAUUAAAUUCAAUGUUUACUCACAUUGCACUAGAACUCUUCCACAGCUAAUGGGCAAGCAUCCUUAUGUAAAAGAUGAGGAGUUAGAGUUUUUACGGCGUUAUUUUUGCUGGGAUCCAACGGAAAUGGAGCGAUUACUACAAGACCAGUGUCGUUACAGAGGGAAUGAGGUUUACGUGCACCAGCAUGCUCCUGGAAUGGGCAUGCGGAAGGUACAACUCCAUGAUAGGCUUAUUUUCACUCGGAGAUGAUCGUCUGCUUUGACUUUUACGCUUCCCAUUUGAUGAAAACAACUGACGCGGCAACCUCCUACGUCUAGGUGCAUAGAAAAUAUGCGCGUAAGAACGUCGUCAGAAUGUGCAAGAUUUUGAGUUCCUCUUUCUGCUACGCGGAUAUGAAUCUUUCAUAUGUUCCAUCUCCUGUACCCUACAACAGAGUGUCGGCUUACGAUGGAGGGUGGACUCCAGCGCGCAUGAGGAAGUCCAUAUCUCGUGGCCGUACGAUAUGUUGUUACAGGAUCGGCCAGAAGAAAGUCCCGCAAUGUUUUAUUGAAGCCGAUAAGAAUAUAGCAACAAGUCCAUCCCCGCGACGUUGACGUUGGAUCCGAGCGGCAGAAUUACUUACUUACAUAAAUGACCCUUUGCUUUUUUUCUCGUCGAUUGAGAUUCUUUAAAACCAAGCAAGCUUCUCCUGUGACCCCGGUUCAUUACAGCUUUGUUUCCAGUUCUUCUUGUGCCGUAUGGACCUGCCUUCACGAUGUUUCUGGCUGCCAUUCCAACGAAGUUACCCGCUUGUACCCAUUUUUAUUUUUAUACAGUGCUUGACGUCGUCCUCAUAUUCUUCAUCAAUUUAAACCGCCUUCAUUUCAAAACUUGUGUUACGACUUUGCCUACUUUUCAUUUCACUACUUACUAGACUUGAGCGCCCGGCAGCGCUCCUCCCACUAGGAUCAUCCACCCCCGGCACGCACUUCCUCGACCUCGGCGCGAUUCCGCUUCCCCGGCUUCUCCCCCGCCCGACAACCGUCUGGCGGGGUUGAUCGUUGGGAAAAGAGUUGGGCGAGGGACGGCGUGCGGCCAUUGAUUAAAACGGCACAGACCGAAGUCGUUGGCCUGUCGGUGUGCUCUUCUUUUGGUAGGUUUGGCCUUCUUUGCAUGCAACAAGUUGCGGCGCUCGAGCUUGCAACUCGUCGGGGUUCCUCUUCUUGUGAUACAAUCAAACGCCUUGGCUGGGAAUUGUUUGAAUUUCAUUCCUAUUGGAUAUAAUAGUCAAAGACUUUGGAUCUCCGUUCUCAAGUUUGAAACUUCGAGACAUUGAGGCGCCGCCUUUAAUCUUAAUCGUCCCGCUUUGGACUUUUAGCAUGGGGCUGGCUUUCAGUUUUGAGCUUUCAGCCUUGGGCUCUCAGUGUUGAAGUUUCAACUUUGAGACUUCGGCUUUGAUUUUUCAACUUUGAACUUUGGGCUUUCAGCUUCGAGCUUUCGGGUGUGGGCUUUCAGCUUAACCCUUUUAAGUCUUAAGCUUACGCCUUUGGGCCUGGGGCUGAGGAUAGGGCUGUAGCUGAUAGAGUCAAAAAGUUGGGCUUUUUGGGCAAAUUUUUUGAUUUUAACGCGUGUGGAUUAAAUUAAUUCCAUCAUGGCGAGGGCUCGCUGUAUCUCUUUUUCAUUAUGAUGCCUGUUGGAAAUGGAAUGUGAUAAAAUUUAUAAACUUCCUGGCAUCCCCAUGAAUUUUCGAAAAGUUUCAACUUUUUGAGUUCAAAUCGUAAAGCUUUGGCUUUAUCGCGUAGGGCUCUAAAUUUAGUACCCACCUGCGCGAAGUGUGACCAAGUCCAUCAGUUCGCACGGCCUGGGCAUCGCCGUGAAUUUUCGAAAAAUUGCGAUUUUUUGAAUUCAAAUUGUAAAGCUUUUGACUUUAUCGCGUAGGUUUUAAAUAAUGCACCCACCUGCGCGAAAUCUAACCAAGGAAGACCAUUACCCACCUGCGGCUGCGCGAAGCUUAACCAAGUUCAUAAGUUCGCACGAUCUUGGCAUCGCCAUGAAAUUUCGAAAGAUUUCAAUUCUUUGAGUUCAAAUUGUAAAACUUGUGACUUUAUCGCGUAAUUUUUAAAUUUAGCACCCAUCUGCGCGAAAUCUAAACAAGUUGCGCGAAAUCUAAACAAGCCCCGAAGUUUGUUCGUAAGUUCCUAAGUUCGUGACUGAGUUCCUGAGGUCAUGAGUUCAUGAGUCAGAAGUGGAAGAGUGAGAGUUUGGGGCUCGGAAGUGGAAGAGUGAGAGUCUGGGGGGGGUCGUUGUUGUUUUUUAGUUUAGCUCUUUAAUAUUCAGCACCCUUGACACGCGCCACCAGUUGUACUAAAAAUCUCGACUCUGACAGUUACGGAAAAACCCAGAAGUUCAAAUAAGUUGUGAGUCAAGAGUUGUAGAUGUAUACUACAAGUUAAGGGUUUCCGAAUUACAUCCCUCAAUACCAUCCUUGGCUCCUUUUCAAGGGGGAAAUAGGUCAACGAUGUUCUGAAGAAUGGAAUUCGGCAACCUCUAAAUAAGGUGCCCAGUAAGAACUACUAGAACGUGGUAAACAAAGUAGAAAGACUCCAGAUUUUGACUAUUGCUUGGGCACAAGUGCCGAGAAAACUAGAAAAUGUACUACUUCGUUGUUGAAUGUAUCAACAAGCAUCGACAUCGCCCACAAGUACAUGAUGUACGCCUGCAAUUCAAUGGUGAACAAUACCUGUCGAGAAUGGCAUCUAUUAUGCUCUACAGAUAAAGGAAACCGCAUCGAGUCGAUCUUUAUACUCUUAUUGUUGAACAGGAUGAGGAUACUGUAAUAUAGAAAAAUAAAUAUACAAAGCAUAGCUACUCUUUGCUCUUGAUGAACUAAAGUAAUUACGAGGCACCGAUGCUGGGCUCCGUGCGCCCUCGCUCUGAGCUCACUUAUUCCCGGUAUGAGAAACCUUCCCCGAUCUUCUCCUUAUUCCCAAUUACAAACAAGGCUACACGAACGAUCAACGAUCUACCAUGAAGAUAUUCUUUUUGAAACAGAAAUAUGUUGCUCUUUCUUGUAGGUGCAGACAGUGAAAUAUAUCUUCAAGAACAACCCUUGAUCAAUGACCUGAUGAAUACAAAUUAUGCAAAUGCCUGGAAAAAAAUGGACGAGACAAACUUCUAGAAACGUGUUUCCUUUAUGAAAUAGAUUCGAUUAUAUGCAUACAGUCGCGUCAAGAUCUUCACAUUGAAGAUUUUUCAAGAGAUCAAAUCGUGU